AUGACGAAGAAGUGGUACUACGCAGUGGCCAACGGACGUUCAACUGGGGUCUACGACAACUGGGCUUCAUGUCAGACCCAAGUCAAGGGAUACUCGGGCGCAAAAUUCAAGAAAUUCGCUACUCAGCUGGAGGCCAUCGCCUUCGCAAGGGGAUCCACUCCGAAUGCAGCACUUUCGAGCAGUAAAGUCACCAAGCCAUCUUCAAGCUCCAGCCGAAACUACAAUCUGAGUUCACGUUCCCGCAUAUCCACCUAUGCAGCUUCUAAUACUAAUGGCUCGAUUAUUUCGCCACAGUCUGCGUAUGGUGGGUAUACCUCAUCGAAAGCAGGUAAUGAUGUGUACACUGACGGUGCCUGUCGAGGGAAUGGCCACUCGAAAUCUGCGAAUAGUGGCUAUGGGGUUUAUUAUGGAGAGAACGAUCCUCGCAACGUCGCCGAAUCACUUUCAGAAGUCGACAAGACAGCUAACUACACGAAUCAAAGAGCUGAGCUCUGGGCAAUUAAACAUGCCUUAGCAAAUGAAGCUGAGGCGUUGAGAACAGGAACGUCGCAAGGGCCGGUGAAAAUUCACUCCGACUCACUGUAUUCGAUUGGUUGCAUGACACAGUGGAGAGAUGGAUGGAAGAAAAAGAGCUGGAAAACGGCUAAUGGUCAGCCGGUCAAGAAUCUUGAUUUGAUAGAGCCGAUGUCUCGUCAAUUAGAUGAAAUCAAUCAAGUAUACGAAGACAAAGGGUGGGGACAAGUACAAUUUGUCAAGGUUAAAGGACAUCUGACGAAUAUUGGCAAUAAUAGAGCUGAUGAAUUGGCCAACGAAGGUGCUGAUAAAAUGGCACAACAAAAAUAG